UAGUAGAGUGGGAUAGAGCAGCGGAGCAGUGAGCGCAACAUCACUGAGUUGAGUGCCUCUAUCUACACAGUACUUUAAGAAAAAUUUUGAGCAUAAAGAGAAGAAAUAGAGCCGUAAUGGCUUCAUCUGGCAGUGGAGUGGAGGAAGCCCGUGCCUCAGUUCUGACCCCUUUGAAGUUGGUGGGUUUAGUGUGCAUUUUCCUGGCCCUGUGUCUGGAUAUUGGAGCAGUUUUGAGUCCUGCCUGGGUAACGGCAGACAAUCACUAUUAUCUGUCUCUAUGGGAAUCCUGUUGGAAACGUGCGAACACUGACGACAGCUGGCACUGCAACUCCACACUUGGCACCGACUGGCAAAUUGCAACCUUGGCCUUGCUCCUAGGAGGUGCAGCCGUCAUCCUCAUUGCCUUCCUGGUGGGUUCGAUCUCUGUCUGCAUGGGCUCACGGAGGCACUUUUACCGGCCGGUUGCUGUCAUGCUUUUCGCUGCAGUGGUUCUUCAGGUAUGCAGCCUCGUCCUGUAUCCUAUCAAAUUUAUUGAGUCCGUCAGCCUGAGAAUAUACCAUGAGUUCAACUGGGGCUAUGGGCUAGCCUGGGGAGCUACCAUUUUCUCCUUCGGGGGUGCAAUCCUCUACUGUUUGAAUCCCAAGAACUAUGAAGACUACUACUAGCACUGAGGGUCCUCAUAGUGUGACCUAAAGGGCUGAUCUAAUGCAUGGAUCAGUAGGAAGAGAAGAAAUUGCUUAGUCACGCUUUUCUGCAUUUGGCUGCAAAAAAUAACACUUCUAACAAAGACAACUUGGGUGGGGAAAAAACAACUAAAAACUAUUGAUGUUUUUCUAGAGAUUAACUGACCAAACUACUGAACUGACCAAAUCUGACACUUUUAAAGAUACUGACAAUAAACUAAUACAUGGAGAAGCAAAAGAGAGCGCCCAUGGAAAUGUGCUUGCUGUCCUAACUAAAUAGUAUAAGUAUUAUAAAAGCAGUAAUGUAAGUAUUAUAAAAGUUUGUGCCACAGGGUUGGUGACCAAGAAAAAAAGAGUCUGAUUCCAACAUAGAAGCAAACUCGCUGUAAGUGACUACAAAACAAAACAACAAAACAAACAGAAUAGAAUUAGGGAUGUUAGGUAAUUGUACCAACUAAUAUUCUUUUGAGGACCUUCCAGUACAGGUUUUCCAAAACGUCUGAUUUUCCACAUGUUUUCACCAGUAGUUGUACUAUCAGCAUUGGGAAGUUUGUGGGCAAAGACAGAAAGGGAAAGACACGUGAUUCCAAUUAAGAGGCAUGUGAUUUUGCCUCAGCUCUCCAGUGUUCCAAACUGUUUCUCUGUACAACAGGACUCUGUUUGAACCUGAGCCACCAAAGGGAAAGAUCACAGUUGACUUGGACAUGAAGAAAACACCUGCUCCAUGCAUACCCAGAGAAUUGUGUGGUUUGCAUGCACCAGACAACUUUUGGAGACGGCUUGUAGUCCAAGAAAAUUGUGAAGGCCAAAACUUGCUGUUACAUAUGUUCUGCGAUCAGGCUUUGCAGCUGGGGAUUCAUUUAUAUUAACAAUCCUACAAAAUCAAGAGGAAUAUAAACUUUUUUUUUUUUAAACGAAAAACCUGCAGAAAAUAAAAAUCUUUUUUUUUUUUUUUUUU